AUGGAAAUUGUGGACAGACUGGCGGUAUUUCCGACGUCCAGUUCGUAUACGAGUGUGAAGUGUCGCUUGGUUUGCGCACGUAGAAGUCGCGAUUUGCUCGCGAAAAAGGUCGACGGUCUCUUAAUCCGAUUUCGUGAGAUUUUGUCGCGAUUAUUCGAAAAUAAAUCGCAACUCGGCGAAGUCAUGAAGGUCGCAGCUUUUUCGUUAGCCGAAGUGAAUUACGCGACAGGUGGCGUAAACGGGUUGGUCCUGGAGAUGGUUGAUAAAGCGAGAACCAGGAUUCAGUGCAGACAGGAGAUCAUGGGCGGAGUUCGAUUGAGGAUUUACGAGCCCUACCGCAGCGGUGACGAUCCUUUCGAAUUCACCGGAUUAGCCAGAGGCGGCCAACAAGUUGCUCGAUUAAAGAAGAAUUAUGGAAAGGCGAUCGAUCUGCUGGUCGAAUUGGCGUCGUUGCAGCACAAUUUCCAGAUGCUCGACAGGGUAAUCAAGGCGACCAAUCGUCGCGUAAAUGCUCUGCACUACAUCAUUAUACCGCGGUUAGAACGGACUCUUGCGUAUAUCGUCACCGAACUCGACGAAUACGAGCGAGAAGAAUUCUAUCGCAUUAAGAGGAUACAAGAGUUGAAGAUAAAGCGACAUAACGGCAAAUUUUCAUACAAUCCGAUUCAAGAUGCGGGUAUAUUCGAUGAUACGGACGUGGAUCUCCUUUUUUGA